UGGCAACUUUCACACCGAGUAAUAUUGAAAUGAAGGAGAAAUUCAAACUUGAGAAGAGUCUCAAGGAACAAUUAGAGAAAGAAAGAGAAGCUAGACUCCAAGAAGAGAUACAGAAGACAGAAAUUGAGAGAAAUAAGAAACAAGGUGCAAAGAGACUUAAAACAUGAGGAAUUCUUGAGGGAUACGACUUCUUCCUCAAUAAUUUAUGCAAGCAUGGUCUUCCCAAGAAAGAAGAUGCUUUUGACUUUGCUGCUCUAUGCCUUCUCAGAUUCGAAAGAAAGAGAAAAGCUGAAAAGAUGAAGGAGCUUCAAGAUAGAAUCAAUAAGAGAAAUCACAGAUUUGAUAUUCCAGAGCCUCCUAAAGUAGAGAGUCCAGGUAAAGGAUCAAAGAAGAAAGGCAAAGGAGAGAAGAGCAAAAGAAGCGCUUCCCCUAAAACAGCCAGAAGUAAGGGAAAGGGAAAGAAAUCAGACAAACCCAAGAGUCCUCCAAAGAGUAUCAAAGGCAAGGGUAAAGCUUCAAGUGUCAAAAAGCUUAAAAAGAAAUAAUUCUUCUAGUUUCAAUGAA